CGCAAUGCAACAAGCUCUUAUUUACCAAAAAACAUCCAAGACUCCCUUGACACUGCCAUCGAAGCUUCAAAAUCUCGCUUUUCUGAAAUCACCUCGACUUCUCAAGCUCAUUUCAGCCAAACGAUUUCAGAGAUUGGUGUUUAUGAGGGUAAAUUAUUUGGCAAGGUUAAAGAGGAGAUUAAUGUUGCAGCUUCGCAUCCGUUGAUUACGAGCGCUGUUGCUGUUGGAUUGGGACUUGUGGCUCAUAAAAGACCAAGACAAAUUUUGUACUACAAGACCUUGCGUCUUCUUACGAGUGAAGAGGCCUUGCUUUCCCAAGCUGAUGCUAAAGUAAAGGAAUUGCAACAGUCGAUUAGCCUCCUGAAGGCUGAAAGUGAGAAUUCGAAGAGGAGGGCAUCGUUAGCUGAAGAAGAAUUGAUUAGGGGAAGGACGAAGCUCAGGCAAGCAGGGAAGCAGAUCCAAGGUGUAAUUUGCUCAGCCUACAAGAUUGAAAGACAAGCUAUGGGUUUGAGGGACAUUCUUGGGGAGUUGCCUAGAGCAGAUGCAUCUAGAUUUCAGUCACAAGUUUCCAGCUUAGCUUCUGAGGCAAAGCAAGAAAGGAAUGCUUUGUCCAAGAUGAUCACAAAAAUCAGUAACUAUAGAAUCUCAGUUUGAGAAUGCUAUAUAACUAUUUGCUUGCUGUCUAUGUUUGCAAUGUAUUGGAGUUUUAACAUCACAAUUCACAAUCACGUAUCUUCCAUGCAAGAUAUGGCAUCACUUCUUGAGAUUUUUGAGUUUUGAUUCUGCUUUUUGUUAGAAGCGAAAGCACUGUCGAUGGCACAUCUUUCAUCGGCCGGGAAUUAUUUCAGUAUAUACAUUGAAUGAAUACAGACGUGCAAUAAUUCCAUUGCGAAUGGAUAUACUACAGGAGUUCAGAGUGGUCUGGCUUUCCCAAAAUGUAUUUUAGCGUUCGUACCUGAACAUUCCGGUGGAUGUUUCAACUUGCUUCUGGUCCAAUAAUAUCAGGCGCGAUGCUACGGCAGGCUUUCUUACCAGGCUUCAAUAUUUAUGUUAGUGUAUUUUCUAGUCUGAAAGCCCAGAUCAGUUAUAAAAGUUAUAUUUUUAUGUGGGAGAAAAAGUGUAUAAAACAUCUCAGACAUGGUAGGCACGCUUGUACUUUUGAAUACAAUGCGUGUGGAAGAAAUCUGUCAGCAAGAUGGUUAAAAAAGUUUUAAUCAACCUGCCACUUUCAUUUUUUUU